AUGAGUGACUGGUGGACAACAAUCGGUCAGCCUUUUGCAGAGGCAUUGCUGAGUCUGGACACCGUCAAGAUCAAGGCGGCGUUCGCAAACGCUCCGAGGUCGUACUAUGAGUACAUCCGCUCCAUCUAUGAGCGCAGUCCGGAGCACGUGAUCAUUGAGACGUUUCUCAUCGUGUUUGUCAUUUACAUCACGUUCGUCAAACGGGACAAGCCGAAAGGAGCGGCUACGAAGCUUUCGGAGCGUGAGGUUGAUGAGCUGUGCGAGGAGUGGGUGCCUGAGCCUAUGAUCCCUUCAAAUACCGUCAUCGACGUCAACAAGUCCAGGCCCAUCGGUGUCGUGGAAGCCACACCUGACACGCACAUCAAGUUGCAGGGUUUUGACAAGCCUCUGCUGAAUCUGGCUACUUUCGACUUUCUCGGUCUGGGUUCGCGCCCUGAGCUCAAAGAGGUCGCUAUCAAGGCGCUCACCAAGUACGGCUGUGGGUCAUGCGGACCCCGGGGCUUCUAUGGAACGAUCGAUACGCACGAGAUCUUAGAGAAGGACAUCGCACAGAUGAUGGGGACGCCCGACUCAAUCACGUUCUCGGACACGGAAGCCACGUCGUCAUCGGUGCUGCCGGCUUUUGCGAAGCGUGGCGAUCUGAUAGUGAUGGAUGACGGGUGCAAUGACUCGAUUCUAGUGGGCGCUAAUUUGGCACGUUGCACGGUGCACUACUACAAGCACAACAACUUGGAAGAUCUGGAGCGCGUGCUGAGAAGCGUUCGCGAUGGAGACAAAAAGAAGAACCGCGGCUCGGACUGCCAGCGUCGUUACGUGGUUACAGAAGCGCUGUUCCGCAACCACGGUGACAUGAUCGACUUGCCCAGGGUGGUAGAGCUGUGCGACAAGUACUUUUUCCGUCUCUUUUUGGACGAGAGCUUCUCGUUCGGUGUGCUAGGCACGUCCGGCCGUGGACUCACGCAGCACUUUGGCAUGGACGUCUCCGAGGUGGCAAUCAUCUGCAGCUCACUUGCUGGUUCGGCUGCCAGCGUGGGUGGAUUCAGCACGGGUUCGCAGGAGGUGGUGGACUUCCAACGCAUCAACAGUGCUGGCUACGUGUUCUCUGCCUCAGCACCUCCAUUUACGUCCGCAUGCUGCUCGGAGGCCAUUCGUAUCAUGAAGAACGAGCCGGAGCUUUUUGUUAAGCUUCGCGCCAACGCUAAACUCACGCACGAUGCAUUGUAUGCUGGCGUGCAAGGAAUGUUCAGCAUCUCUGCGGCUGUUGUCUCUCCCAUCGUGCAUCUGCGUCUGCUGCCGGAGGUCGUGGGUCGUGUUGGCAAUGAGGAAGACCAGCGGGCUGUGCAGCGCAAGGUGUGUGACGAAGUCAUGCAGAAGUGUCUUGCUAAGGGCGUGGCAAUCUGCUCGCCUCGUUACAAGACCUCCCAGGCACUUGAACCGUUGCCAAGUCUGCGCGUGUCGGUAACUGCCAUCCAUUCGUCCAAGGAUUUGGAGGCAGCGUGCAAGGUUAUUGCGACGGAGGCCAUGGCCACGGCCAAGCAAUUGCUCGCACCCUUUCGGGUGGAUGCCGUCCCAGACAGGGACCUGCGACUGCGUAAACAGUAA